CGGAGCGCGGAUGAGGAGAGCGGGGGCGGCGAGGGGACUGUGGUGGCGCGGUCGGUCAGGGUGAGGGUGGUGGAUCAGGAUAACAUAGGGUGGGGGCGGUGGUACACGUUAGCGGAGCUGGAGGAAGCGACGGAGGGGUUUAGUGAGGAGAAUGUGAUUGGUGAGGGUGGGUAUGGGAUCGUUUACCGGGGUGUUCUGCCGGAUCACUGUACCGUUGCCGUCAAGAAUCUGCUCAAUAACAAGGGUCAAGCAGAGAAGGAAUUCAAAGUCGAGGUGGAAGCCAUUGGCAAAGUAAGACACAAGAACCUUGUAGGUCUAAUUGGGUACUGUUCAGAGGGUCCUAAAAGUUUGAAACUUGCUAUAUAUGAAUAUGUAGAUAAUGGCAAUUUGGAACAGUGGUUGCAUGGAGAUGUGGGGCCAAUCAGUCCCUUAACUUGGGACAUUAGGAUGAAAAUUGCCAUUGGAACAGCAAAAGGAAUAGCAUACUUGCAUGAAGGUUUAGAGCCUAAAGUUGUGCAUCGCGACAUCAAAUCCAGUAAUAUUCUUCUUGAUAAGCAAUGGAAUCCUAAAGUAUCGGAUUUUGGACUAGCCAAGCUCUUGGGACCUGGAUCAAGCUUUGUAAAUACACGUGUAAUGGGAACAUUUGGGUAUGUAGCUCCGGAGUAUGCAUGCACCGGCAUGCUUAAUGAGGGAAGUGAUAUUUACAGUUUUGGAGUCUUAUUGAUGGAGUUAAUUACAGGAAGAAGUCCGAUUGAUUAUAGUAGACCACCUGGAGAGGUGAACCUGGUAGAUUGGUUCAAAGGAAUGGUAGGCAGUAAACGCGGAGAAGAAGUGGUUGACCGACGUAUUGAUUUUCAGCCCUCACCUAGAGCUUUGAAGCGAGUGUUGCUAGUUUGCCUGCGUUGUAUAGAUUCAGAUGCUUAUAAGCGACCAAAGAUGGGGCAGAUUGCACACAUGCUUGAAGGAGAUGAUUUUCCUUUUCGCAUGGUAAGCACAUAUCAGAAGGAACAGAGAUCACCCAAAGAGCCAUCCCUUGCUCCUGCAAGUCCUUUAGCAAGUCGGAAGAGUCAACUCCAACCUCAAAAAGAUGACGACAAUGACUCAAAGAGGGCAGUAUGGACCUGAUUCAGAGAAUUAUGGAGACAUUGUGUUUGUACAUGUAAAUUUUGGAGAGAUAAUUAUUUUCUUUUCCUUUUCUUUUUUCUUAUUCCCCGCUUGCAAAUAUACAAUUCUUGCUUCAGCAUUGUAUUUAAUAAGCUUGUCCAUUUCUAGUUUUAUUGCUUCCA